GGAUUUCUGGUUGUUCCGGUUUUCUGGAGACAGUCUAAAUAUAUACUUAAAAUAUAAGCAUAAACUAUGAAGUGCUAAAUUGUAUUUAACCGAUUGAAAUCAAUACACUUCUAAAGCAGGGUUUGUUUGAUACAUAUUAAUCCACUUAAAAUAUAUUAUAAUGUACCAUGUAUACAAUAUAAAGAACAUGAUUUUAUUUAACAGACACAAGAGUAUAUUGAUCCACUUAGAAAAGUGACCAAUUGCAAAAGCAGAGUCUGGUUACCCAAUACAGGGACGGUAUAUUACACGGUAUUGGACUGUUUGCCGGAUUUCUGGAAGCCGGAUAAGAAGUCCGGCACUGCAUUUGUUUUGUAAUCCAUAGUGAAACUCUCCUCGCUGGGGAGGUAGAAACAGUGUUACAAAAUGGCAGACGAUGUGGAAAUCGACGUCGAGGGAGAUUUUGACUUCAAACUCGAACCAAAUGGAAUCAUUGCAUAUGAUGUUAAUGAAUUACCAUCAAAAAGUGCCAAUCUGUUACCAGAAUACACCAAUCCUCCAUGGAUGUUGGAACAAGGGUGGACUUUGGACAGUUGUAUGGAUGAAAAGUCAAAAGCCACAAUUGAGAAAAUGUUACAAGAAGAACAAUAUUAUAUGAAUGGAAAAGGUGUUGCUAAAAUGAUUCAUGAAAAGUCGCCAAAAACUCCUGUCAAGCGCAAACCAGUAACUAACAAGAAGUUAUGGACAGCCGAUGAGAAGAAACUCUUUCAACAAGGAUUGGAGCUCUAUGGAAGGAGUUGGAAAAAAAUUGCUCUUCUCAUUCCUGAAAGAACAAGUUUACAAGUGAAGAAUUAUGCACAGCACUAUUUUAAGAAUAUGUUGAAACAAAAACCUAAUGUAUCAGAGAAGCCGAUAAGUUUGCUGCAGCAUAAUUCAAUCAAAGACCCUCUGUCAACCACUCUAGCAUCUGUGACCACAGCACAACCCACUGUUUAUACUGUUAAUACAAAGAGGAAAAAGCCUCCUUCCCAUCAAAAUGGUAUGGUGUCACCACCUUGUAGCGUUGUUGUCAACUCCAUGGACUUGAUAUCUGUUAACAGUGACAAGAUGAACAUCUCCAUCACCAACCUUGAUGUUCUGACUCCACUUGACCAAAACAAAGCCACAUUGAAUAGUGAAUCUGAGGAUGAAGACAUUGAUGUUGACAUUGAAAGUGUGGAUAACUUGGAGAACAACCAAGUUUUGAACAAUCGGUCAGCAUCUCCAAACUCUGUCUAUUUCGCACUUUUGAAGUCUGCCAACAUCAAGAAACAGAGUUGUGCAAAAGUGAAAAAGAAACUGCCUCCGUCUAAUCCAGUCUGCAUUAAUGUAGCCCAGACCUGUGUCAAUGGGAAUUCAUUGGUGAAACCUGAUCCAGUAGUGCCAUUGGCACAACACUGUCCUCAACCUGUUGAUAAUGAUGCAGUUCCUGGUUCCGAAAUUGACUGUGAUACAGAUAUGACAAAGGACCCACAAGACGAGGAACUGGCUCCACCACCUGUAGAUGAAACAGAGGAAAUGGAUAAUUUUGACAGCCUUUCUGAAGAAAAAUCAAUCCCUUGCAUAGUACCAAGUGAAGAAAUAGUCCUUGACUAUGAACAUAUCAGUGAAGAAGAAAGAAAGGCUUUUCCAGAAUUCUUUGAUGGAAGACUUUCCAAAACACCACAACGAUAUUUGAAAAUCAGGAAUUACAUGUUGGAUUGCUGGAAAGCCUGCAAACCUUCAUUCUUAAAUAAAACCUCAGUCCGUCCUGGUUUGAAAAACUGCGGAGAUGUGAACUGCAUCGGUAAAAUCCAUACUUAUAUUGAAAGCAUUGGCGCCAUAAAUUUUGGAUGUGAACAAGCAUCUUACAAUCAGCUACCAAAAUCUUCAACAUCAACAACGAAGAAGACAUGUGCAAAUGAAGAGGUUCCGGACCAGCAGACUAGCAAGUUAGAUGCUAUGAGACCCAGACGAAAGCGUGUAAAAGAUGAUGAGGGUUUCUGGGUUUGUGAUACGAUUUCUAAAGACAAAACAGCCGAGAACAAGGAAUGUAAUAAAGCCUCCCAACCCAAAAUGAGCCGAACGAAACUUAUUGAAGAUCCAUUCCGGUUAAUUCCAUGCCAGAUGUUCCCAGAAGAAAUGGCUCCUUUACAUAUAGAUAUUGAAUCCUCUGCUCUAAUCACCAUGGAUGUACAUGCCCACAUGUUUAAAACAGAAGUAGUUGGGCUUUUAGGAGGGGAAUGUUCUCCUGAAGGCAACCGCAUGAAAAUAAAAACUGCUAUGCCUUGUCGGAGUAUAAGUACAGGUAUUCAGUGUGAAAUGGAUGCAGUGUCUCAAACUGAAGUGGGUACCGUCAUAACUGAGUUAGGACAGUCUGUAGUUGGAUGGUAUCAUUCACACCCUACAUUUGCAGCCAACCCUUCCACUAGGGAUAUUGAAAGUCAACUAAAAUAUCAGGUGAGAUCACUGGAUUUGUUCUUUGUUCUGGGUAGAGGGUAA